AUGGAGCAGGUCGAAGCGGAGGUGGCCCCGGCAACCGAGGUCGUCGUCACCAGCAUGGAGUUAAUGGAGCAGUCCAGGGCCAAGUCCCACUUCCUCCGAGAGCUCCACUCGCAGGGUCAUGAUGAGGCGAAGCUGCGCUGGCAACUGACGGCAGUCCAGAACGCCCAGAACACCUCCGAGCAAGAGGUGGCCGCGCUUAGGGCCGCCCAGAGGAGCGAGGUCCAAGAGCUCGAGGCCCUGCAUCAUGAGGUAGCGACGCUGAUCUCCAACGGCGUCUACUUUGGCAUCCACACCGCCCUCUCCUCGGUCGGCACCCACUACGAAGGGGUGGAUUGGGAGCUAGUGGCAAAGGCAUACGCGCCGAAUCGUUCAAUAGAGGAGGUCGACCAAGUGUGCGACCUAGUGGCUCCCCAUGCGAGUCGGCUUGCCGGGCAAGUCCUCGUCGAGGUCGUCCACCGUGAUCAUCUGGGCCUUCACCUUGAGGACAGGAGUUAG